UGUUAUGCCAGUACUCAAUGCAUUGGAACGAGCGUUGAAUCAGUGUUUUACCUGUUAUGAACAAUGUUUACAUCAGAACAGCGUUAUGAAUCCAUCAGGAGCAGUAUCUGGAACUGAGCUCUAUGUUCACUUGAAUCCAGGGAUUGCUGCACAGCUCCAGAGGAUUGCCCCAUCAUUAAACACCACAGAUGAUGUGCAUAUAUGUGGAGGCUGCAAGCAGAGUUUUCCAGACAUAAAUUUAUUUGUUGAACACAAGCAUGCAGGAUGUGCAGUGUCGUCUCAGAACCCUUUAUCUGUUAUGGGCAUAUCACUUGAUCAAUCAGCUUUGAAUUAUAUCUCCAGCAGUCGAGACAGCAGUGUGUCUAACCCUGCAUCACAGUAUUUCAGAGUUAUUCUCAAUGGAAAUAACGUACCAUUGCAUCUGCAGAGUGAUCCCUGUGAACAAGAAUCUCUCCAGCCAUUGCUUGUCACUCCAUACAAAAAAUCAUCAGCUGCUACAUCAGAUCAGCAUGAUUUUAGUGUGGAAUCGUGUAGUACUCAGAACUCUGUCAUACAGCCACCAAAGAAAGUACAGAAGUCUAAGCAAGUUGACAGAACAGUACAUACAAAGUCAUUAUCUACUGAUGAAACUGUUCCUGUAAAUGCUGCAGAUGGAAGUGUUCCUAUAAAUGGUACAGAUAUUUCUUGUCAUGAACAGGGUCAGUAUAGAAUUUUAUUACAUCUAUUUCUGCUGUGCAAUCUGGAUGAAUUCACUCAUCUCUGUAUCAGCACUUUAUUUUCAUCUGUGAAUAUUUUCAACAUUGUUAUUUGGGACAUUGACUUGUCUAUUCAGUGCAGUUCUGCACCCUCCCUUCUCACCCCUUUCCUAUCCCACACUCUCAGUUUUUGUGAAAGGCCAUUUCAGUGUGAAUCUUGUAAAAGAACGUACAGCCGAAUUGAUAAGCUGCGAGCACAUCAGCACAUUCAUUUUGGGGAAAAAUGUCAUAAAUGUCAAGUGUGUGACUAUGCUACUGUGGAUAAAGGCAGUCUGAAAAAGCACAUGAGGAUUCAUAAUGAUGAAAGACCCUACAAAUGCCAGAUCUGCCCCUAUCGCUCAAAGCGUUCAUGUCACUUAACUGUUCACUUAAGAACUCAUACAGGUGAUCAUCCAUUUGUCUGUGUAUAUGAGUCCUGCAUGUCUGCCUUCAAGACAAGUUCUGACCUGAAGAGACAUAUACGUAUGCAUACUGGUGAGAGACCAUAUGCUUGUGAUAUCUGUGACUAUCGAUGUUCAAUUAAAUCUAAUCUUGGUGUUCAUAUUCGCAUAAAUCAUUCAACAGAAAACUUAAUCCCGUGCACAGUUUGCAACCAUGUGUCUGUGUCUGAAGCAGCAGCUAGAGAACAUGAGAAAAUUCAUUCAGGAGAUUCUCAGCUGGCAACCUCAACUCAACCCCAGAAAAAAGAUAUUACUACGAGGAAGAACUUAGGAGGUAGCACAAGAAGCCAUAUAAGGAAAAAGAAUUCUAACUCAAAGUCUCAUAAGAAACUCAAAGGAAAGGAUACUUCUAAGAUGACAGGCUCAGAACGUACAAAAUGUUCAACUGCAGUGAAACCGUAUUGUGUUAAAGCUCACAAGUGUACGUUAUGUGAUGCAGCAUUUGUUCGUGAGGAUUCAUGGAGGAGUCAUAUGCGUCAGCACCAAAACCAAGGAGCGUAUCUGGGAAUAGUUAACGACAGUGAAACCCUAGCAUCUGUACAUUCCAUUGCUGCAAACAGUGAAAAGGCCCUUCCGCUAGAAAAUGAGCUUGAGGGUUCCAGAAGUUCAACAGUUGAAUCUAAACAGACUGUAGUAGCUGUAUCUGUUAUUGAGAGUAAUGUAGAAGAAAGGGAGGUGAGCUUGACAACAAAUGGCUCAAUAACAGAUAAUGGAGUAUUAACAGAAAGUAAUGUUCUUGCAACAAAUGAAUCUACUGGUACAAAUUUGCAGGCUACAAGGGAUGGCUGUAACUUGUCUUUCACAUCGGAUUUGCGAGAUAAGGCUACAAAGAAUCAACACGUUGAAGUCGAUAGACUUCUCACUGAGGGAUUCAUUGAAUAUGGCCACGUGGGAUUAGCCGAGCAGUCUAAGGCGCUGCAGUCAUGGACUGUGCAGCUGGUCCCGGCGGAGGUUCGAGUCCUCCCUCGGGCAUGGUGUUCCUGUGAAUGUGCUGCAAGAUACUCAUCUGCAGCUGUGACUGCUACUUAGUUGGAGAAAAAUGCUGGUCAGCAGAAAGACUAGUCUCUCUCCCAAAAAAUUUCAAUAGUCACUUUAUGUAUAAUAAUGCAUCAGACGAAACAGUG